AAUAUUAGAGGCCAGUCAGUUGGGCAGCAGGCUUCAAACGCAACGGUCCACAAAUCAAUUCGCUGCGCAGGCAAUUUGAAAAACCGAUAGCCAUCACGAUAGCAAGUGCCAAAACGAGUAGCUUUCAUUUACCGAUACCGAUACGAUACCGCGAGCGAUGAGCAGCGAUAGUGAAAGUGAAAAUCAGCUGAGGCGCGAUCGUGAUUUGGCCGAGCUUAACGAAUGGUUCUACACUAAUGAGAACCUGCCGCAAGAAAUUGACCCUUUGCUGCUGCGCCGGUUCUAUCAGUGCAUGUAUUGCCAUGUGGAGGACACCAAGAAGCUCAUCGAGGUGAACUAUGCACUGCGGAACAAGCAUCCGCAUUUGUUUAUCAAACGGGAUCCGCUCGACGAGGACAGUCGUCGCACCUUUGAAUAUGCGGAUAUUUUGCCGCUUCCGGGUUUGACUCCAGAUAAAUACAAAGUGUCGCUCUACUGCUUUAGGGACUUUGAGCCCUCCAAGAUGCACCACACGGAGGAUACGCGAGCCUUUUUCAUGGUCACUGACUGUCGGUUCGUAACAGUCGACGAUGAGGCUCACAAGGAACAGCUGUCGGAGGGCGAAGUGCAGAUCUUCGAUAUGAAGGGCACCACCAUGCGCCACAUAUCGCGUUUGACGAUUAGCACAUUGCGUGCUUACAUCAAGUUCCUGCAGCUGGCCUUUCCAGUGCGCCUCAAGGCCAUUCACAUGGUUAACUGUCCUACGUAUUUGGAUCGCAUUGUAAGCGUGGUGAAGCCAUUCAUAAGCGACGAGGUCUUCAAGUUGAUCAAAUUUCACACAUCCAGCAUUGACUCUUUGUAUGCAUUUGUGCCUCGUGAUAUGCUGCCGGAGGAAUAUGGUGGCUCUGCCGGGUCGCUGGCCACAUUACGGGCGCAGACCCAACAGGUCUUGGCGGAGAAGAGGGACUAUUUAAUGAAUCCUAAUCACUGGGUCGUCGAGAAACCCGAGAAGCGUAACGGUAAAUCGUGGAAGCUAUUUAACUGAGAAGUAGAUGACGUGUGGCUCCCAUUUUUUUUUUAAUUAAAUCAAAU